ACAACAACAACAACAACAACAAUGGAGCCUCUCUGCCCAAACAUGGAUCUCAAACCAAUACGUUGCUUACCUGUUUCGCCCAUAUGCCGAAAACCCACCUCAUUUUUACUGCCCGCGCACCGGUUCCCUUGCUCGGAUCGCAGUGUUAGCCGGAAAUGGAGAGUCAGUGCUGCGAAGUCUGAAGCUGAUGAAAAAUCUAGUCAGGAGCUCUUUGGGUCCAUCGGAAAAGGCUUUCUUGCGUUUUCUGUUGCCGCUGCUGCCAGUUUCUCGCUCUGUUUUGAUUCUCCGGCGAUUGCGGAGUCGUUGACCGUUGCUUUUCCGGUUUCACGCACCACUGAGGUGAACUCAGUACAAAGAACCCUUGUGGAAGCUUGGGGUUUAAUUAGAGAAACAUUCGUUGACCCGACAUUUAAUCAUCAAGAUUGGGAUCUUAAGUUGCAGCAAACAAUGGUCGAAAUGUUUCCUCUUAGGUCAGCCGAUGCAGCUUAUAUGAAGAUCAGUGGAAUGCUUUCUACUCUUGGCGAUCCCUUUACGAGGAUUAUUAGUCCAAAGGAAUAUCAAAGUUUUCGCAUUGGAAGCAAUGGAAAUCUACAAGGAGUUGGUCUUUUCAUAGGUACUGAACCAAGAACAGGGCAUCUGGUUGUUAUGUCAUGUGUAGAUGGUGGCCCAGCUUCUCGUGCUGGUAUUCAUGAGGGAGAUGAGUUGAUUGAAAUUAAUGGAGAACAGCUUAAUGGUGUUGACACUGAAGCAGCAGUACAGAAACUUAGAGGCCAAGUUGGAACAAGUGUUACUGUAAAAGUUCACAGUGCCAAUGAUUUGGGAAGUGAUGCUAGUAUAAGAGAGGUGAAAUUACCUCGGGAGUUCAUUAAGCUUUCUCCAAUUUCGACCGCAACCAUCCCUCAUAGAACUCCAGAUGGACAUCUUACAAAGACGGGAUACGUGAAGCUGUCGGCUUUCUCUCAGACUGCUGCAGCUGAUAUGGAAAAUGCUAUCAAGGAAAUGAAGAGUCAGGGUGUACAUUCAUACAUACUGGAUUUGAGAAACAAUCCGGGGGGACUAGUGAAAGCCGGACUUGAUGUUGCCCAAAUUUGGCUAGAUGGGGAUGAAACUCUAGUGAACACAGUUGAUCGGGAAGGGAAUUUGUUACCUAUUAAUAUGGUAGACGGGCAUGCUAUCACACAUGAUCCACUUGUCGUGCUUGUCAAUGAGGGCAGCGCAAGUGCGAGUGAGAUAUUGGCAGGGGCACUGCAUGACAAUCGUCGAGCUACUCUUGUGGGUCACAGAACCUUUGGGAAAGGAAAAAUUCAGAGUGUCACAGAGUUGCAUGAUGGAUCGGCAUUAUUUGUCACAGUAGCAAAGUAUUUAUCGCCAGCGCUUCAUGACAUAGACCAGGUUGGCAUAGCUCCUGAUGUGCAAUGCACAACUGAAAUGCUUAAUUCUCCAAAAGAUUCAGUGUUGAAGGACCAGAAGAGCUCAGUCUCAUCACUAGAAGCAGAUUCCUGUGUUUUGGUAGCAGAACAUGAAUUGGACAUUCAAGAGUCCAAAGGCACUGCUUCUUGAAGAUAUAAUCUCAUGUAGUAACUGAAAUGCCUGCAGUAUAAAAAUAGAAUCAAUGGUAAUCAUACGUGUAGUAUAUAUAGAAUUGACAAUAGUUAUAGAUGGGAAAAAGGAUUUGCAACAGGGCAGGGUCUUCAUAUAGAUGUGUAAUCUGUAUAUGUUGUGUAUGGAAGUUAGAACUUAGAAGUAUAAUUUUAUAGUGCAUGAUCCA